CAGACUUGUGUGUACGCGUAUAGUUAUUAUUAUAGUUAUUAGUAGUUCAUGUAAUGAACUAGCAAACGAUAUCAAAUUAUCAAGUCGUCUUCUUCAUUUUAAUGAAUAUUGAAUAAUAAUCUUUAUUAAUAAUAUUCAUAAAAAUUCGUAAACUUUCGGCAGUGUCACCGUCGAAUUGAAAAUUUCCCGCCUCCGAAAACAGUUCAUUAGGCGACGUUCUCGUGCUGAUAAAUUGGUGGACCCGUUGUCGGCCAGCUAGCAAUCUCCGUGAGGUUAUGCAACAGACGACCGACGUGGAAUCCGUCUUCAAUUGCUAAAUAAUAUAACGUGACCGUCGCUAUGUCCAAGACGUCCGGUUCGGCCGCGUCCGGCUCGUCAUCGUCGUCGUCACAACAACAAACGUCUGGAGUCGCCGCUGUACCGGCCGAAGAUAAUUUUGAUUUUCUGUUCAAAAUCGUGCUUAUCGGCGACUGCGGCACCGGAAAGACAUGUGUCGUUCAGCGGUUCAAGAGUGGAACGUACGCCGAGAACCAGGGCAACACCAUCGGUGUCGAUUUUUCCAUGAAAACCAUCAAGAUUGACGGCAAGAAAGUCAAGCUUCAAAUAUGGGACACGGCCGGCCACGAAAGGUUUCGUACGAUCACGCAGAGUUACUAUCGCUCAGCUAAUGGGGUUCUACUAGUGUAUGACAUCACGAAACGUGCUACUUUCUUGAAUCUACAAAGAUGGGUUGAAGAAGUACGUCGAUAUACUUCGUCUAAUGUCUUACUUGUGUUGAUUGGUAAUAAAUGUGACUUAGAGGAGAAUCGUCAGGUAGAGUUGUCUGAAGCAGACGCCAUGUGUGAAUACUUUCCAGAACUAUUGUCUGUUCUAGAAACGUCGGCUAAGGAAAAUAAAAACAUUGAAGAAGCGUUCGUCACGAUUGCCUCUGAACUUAAGAGACGUCAUGACCAAAGUGCUCAUAUUGAAGAUGAACCUAAUCCUGUCAUUAACUUAAGUGAAGGUGAAAAUGUUCAAAAAUGUAAAGGCUGUACAUUGUUAUAAGGUAACAUUGCAGCAUGGUACAGUAGAACAAAUCAAUAUUUGAUCAUUAUUAUUCUAAAACCUGAUGACGAACAUGUGUAAUUAAUUAAUUAUACGUUCAUAAUCCUAUGGUAACACACUUGUUUAAUGUGAAACAUUUAAAGUUUUAUUUAGAUUGUAUUAAAAAAAAAAAAAAAUUAUGUGGAUAGGGACAGACCAUCCCUGGAUUUUUAUACACGUUUAUAAUCCGCGUUAAUACUGUAUUUAAUUUUAUCUUUCGUAACUUGCAAUAACUAUAUAUGUACUUGAACCUCACUUUGUUAAUCAUUCAAUCAUGUACUAUAAUAUAAUAUUAAAUAAGAUUCUCGAAUAGUUUUAUGGGGGACCAUGUUUUUUUUUCAAGUAUCUCCCCACAUGGUCCAUAGGUAUAUAUUACUGAAAUUAUUUUUAUCAGUUUAGAAUAUUAUAUUAUAGAGUAUCAAUGAUGUUUUUUAUUAGCAGCUAUUAUAUUUUACGAUAUUGUGUACAUGAUAUUAUUCAUAUGACAUUCAUGUAUCCCUAUUGAUAUUCUGUAAAUAGAUGUAUGUCCAUAUCGAGAA